AUGUUUCUGUCGUUUUGCCUCCUUCUUUUUCCUCUUAUUCCAGUGAUCCUUGUGCUGUUUCUCUUCACUCCUUUUGCAAGAUUUUCAUCUGCUUCAAAGACCCACAAAAACCAACCUCCAUCCCCUCGCAAGCUUCCAAUUAUUGGAAACCUUCAUAAAAUAGGCCUAAACGCCCACCGUUCUCUUCUGGCCUUAACCCAAAAACAUGGUCCACUUGUGCUCAUUCAACUUGGCAGUGUACCCGUGCUUGUAGCCUCAUCAGCUGAAGCAGCCCAAGAAAUCUUGAAAACCCAUGAUGUAAUCUUCGCCAGCAGACCCAAAUUAAGUAUCCCUGAUGCACUUACUUAUGGAUCUAAGGACAUAGCGUUUUCUCCAUAUGGAGAGUAUUGGAGGCAGGUGAGGAGCAUUGCUGUGCUCGGGCUUCUAAGCAGUAGACGAGUUCAGUCGUUUCAAAGAGUAAGAGAAGAGGAGACCUGUCUAAUGAUUGACAAGAUUGGAGAAAUUUGCGGUUCUAUAGUUGAUUUAGGCGAGUUGCUAACUAUCUUUACAAACAACGUAGUUUGCAGGGUGGCCUUUGGGAGGAAGUUUCAUGGGGUAAAGUUUAAUGACUUGUUGAAAAGGUUUACAUACCUGCUUGGUGCCUUUUCUGUUGGGAAUUAUAUUCCAUGGCUGUCAUGGGUGGAUCGAUUUAAUGGGUUAGAGGCAAGAAUAAAAAAAGUUGCUGUAGAAUUUGAUGAGGUUCUCGAGACUGUUCUUGAAGAACAUAUAAGUAAGAAAAGAGCAGUGGAAGGCGAUGUUAGUGGUGAAAAUGAAGAAGGCCAAGAUUUAGUUAAUAUCUUACUCGAUGCUCAAAGAGAGCACACUACCACGUCCUUUACUCUUGAAAGAGAUGUCAUUAAAGCCGCCAUCAUGAAAGAAGUCACUGAAAUUGCGCAAGGAAAAUCCAUGAUUAGUGAGGAGGAUUUGGAAAAAAUGCAUUACUUACAUGCUGUCAUCAAAGAGACUCUCCGGUUGCAUACUCCACUUCCACUACUCAUUUCUCGACAAUCAACAGAAUAUGUCAAAUUAAUGGGCUACGACAUUCCAGCGGGUACGCAAGUGAUUAUUAAUGCUUGGGCAAUAGGAAGAGAUCCUUCACUCUGGGAGGAAGCAGAGAAGUUUUGGCCAGAAAGGUUUUUGAAAAGUUCUAUUGACUAUAAAGGGAUGCAUUUUGAGUUCCUUCCAUUUGGUGCUGGACGCAGAGGAUGUCCUGGUAUUCAGUUUGCAAUAGUUAUUAACGAGCUUGCAUUAGCAAAUCUUGUGUACAAAUAUGAUUUUGCAGUGCCAGAUGAUAUGAGAGGGGAUGAACUGGACAUGAGUGAGAUCACUGGACUUACACUCCAUAGAAAGUCCCCUUUGCUGGUUGUGGCGACUUCUUGCUUCUAG